CUGUGCGGGCUAAUGAUUGAUUUUAUGUAAUUGAAAUGGCCACAAAAUCGGAUAAUGCUGACUCAAAAUCGGACAAAUCAAAGGAAUCACUAGAUGACGCAUGGGCAAUCCGACCCUGUCAUCUGUACAAGGAGGAGUACGACGACUGCACGAGUUUUAAGGCGCGCUUCCACCAGUACUUUAUAUUUGGCAAGGACACAGAUUGCUCCCAAUGGCUAACUGAUUACCGUAACUGCGAACGAUAUCAGCAGUCCAACGGGAACGAUGUGGCUGCCGGCAAAGCGGUGAUUAAAAGCGAGGAGGAGCGCCGAAGGAUCCGCCUGCGCGCCCACUUUGCCAACGACACUUGGCAGAAGCGUAAGAAGCCACCGCUGGAUUGGGCUGCUCCUCUGCCGGACUGGAUGGAGAAGCGAAACGAGAAUACCUAUCUUGAGCUUAAGCAAAAAGAGCUCUCUGGACAGGCGGCGCCGCAAGGAGAGGAACGCUCGCUGUGCACGAUCAUGUGAAGAUAAAUAGUAAAUUAUUAGUUAAGAAAAG